AUGACACAUUUGCUAAAUCCGUUUGAAGAGGAAGGAGAAUAUUUGCUGGCGAUUCAUACCAAACAUGUCAAGUCUAAUGAAGUGAUCGAGACAGUUCGCAAUGCUAAACGUAUUGGUGAAGAACAUUUCAAUCUGUUUUUGAAGGAGCGAUUUGUUGAAAAAAGCAAACCUGUUAGUCAUCCCAUAAAGAAGAUGUGCCUAUCAAUCUUUGAUACGCCAGAGAAAAAGAAAGUACCCGCAGAUAAAGCUAAGCUACAUGUUCUUCAACAAGACUGCUCUCUGUUUUCACGUCUUUAUAUAGCAUGCCAAUUCCGCGACGGAAAUCUAGAAGAUUUCUUCAAAUAUGAGAAUCAGCCAUGGCCCCCUUCACUGUCCCAAUUUGGCCAGCUCAGAGAAGGCCAAAAAGCAGACCUCAUUAACUGCUUAACAAGCCUAUCAGCACAAGUUCCGACUACGACCAAACCAUCUGUUGAUGCAGUCAUUAUUGAUGGUGCUGUCAUUGUCCAGAUGCUACAGCCUAAAACUGUGCGCUCAUUCGAUGAAUAUUUCACAGCCAUAUUCGCCCCUUACAUUCUGAGAAUACUGCAAAAUUCCUCGCGAAUUGAUCUAGUAUGGGAUGUUUACAAAGUGGACUCGUUGAAGAAAUCACUGCGAGACAAGAGAGGUUCUGGGCAACGUCGGAAAGUGAUGGCCUCAACAAGAAUCCCGACAGAUUGGAAAGGCUUUCUUAAAGUAGAUGAAAACAAAGACGAGCUGUUUAAGUUUCUUGCAAACAAGUUGGUUUCAUUGACGAUUCCCGACGGUAAGGAGAUCUACACCACUUACGGCGACGAUGUUUUAUGGCUCUCUAGUACUCAAAGAGAUGUAGAUUACCUUGUGCCCUGCAGCCAUGAAGAGGCAGAUACACGGUUAAUUGUUCAUGCGCGUGAUGCAACUUUAAGCGGACACCGCCGGAUACUCAUCAAAAGUAAUGACACAGAUGUUGUUGUGUUAGCCGUUUCAGUUGCUGGUUUUAUUCAAGCUGAUGAGGUCUGGGUUACUUUUGGCUCUGGCAAGAAUAUGCGGUAUAUCCCUGCACAUAUAGUUGCAAAAUCUUUAGGCACUGAUAAGGCAUCAGCUUUACCAGUUUUCCAUGCUUUAACAGGGUGCGAUACUGUAUCAUUUUUUGGAGGACGUGGGAAAAAAACAGCCUGGGAAAUAUGGAAGAUCUUUCCUCAGUUAACGCCUGUCCUGAUGACCCUAAAAGCUGCGCCAACAACAGAAGCCCUCAGCAGACUCGUGCCACUGCUUGAGAGAUUUAUGGUUCUGUUAUAUGAUCGUACCAGUAGCCUUAACAGAGUCGAUGAGGCGCGGCAGGAGCUCUUCUCAAAAAAAUCAAGGUGUAUUGAUGGCAUCCCCCCUACGCAAGCAGCCCUCCACGAGCACGUUAAAAGAGCGGUACAUCAAGGAAGUUUUGUUUGGGGUCAAACGCUUCUGAAACAGCCUAUAAUUCCAAGUCCAUCAGAAUGGGGAUGGCAGCGACAGGGCGUUAUGUGGACACCAUAUUGGACAGAACUCCCUCAGGCAAAGGAUACAUGCUAUGAACUAAUCCACUGCAAAUGUAAGGGGCCAUGCAGGGGUCGCUGCAAAUGUACAAGAGCUAAUCUGGCAUGUACGGGACUCUGCAAUUGUGGGGGCAACUGCCAACGGUAGUUUGUCUAUUAUGUAUGCUAGUUACCUUCAAAGUUCGUUACUUUAUAGUUAGAAUUGUAAACAAGAUAAGCAAUACCCAUAUAAAAAGUAGCUUGCUUACAUACACAUUUCGCAGAAAGAUUAUCAAAUAAAGAUAUCUAAAAAUAAGGUGACUAGGGAUACUUAAAUCUUAGCCUCGUUUUCAUAGAGAAAUGCGUUGCUAUUGGAUCCAUAGCACAAUUGCAUACUGGAUAUAUCACAGAAAGUUUUUCCAACAAAAAUAUCAGUGAUAAAGGCGUACUUCACUGUAAGCCUCGUUUUCGUGCUGACAUGCGCAGUUCUCGGAUAUGUAUUAAAUUGCUUCCUUGCAUAUUGCACAUAUCGCAGAAAGUUUUUCAAACAAAAAUAUCAAAAUAUAAAGUGAUUAGGGAGUACUUUAUUCUAAGCCUCGUUUCCAUACAGACAUGCGCAGUUCUCGGAUCUCGAGCACAAUACCUACUGGCACUAUAUCAGAUAUGAUUACUGAGUAACUCAUUAGCUAUUCUGGAAAGUUUCAUGCUUUAAUCACUUAAGUGCACAAUUCUGGGUGUUUUUGGUUGUUAACAGCUGG